AUGUCUGCGUCAAAUGAAUUGUAUGAGUCAUGGAUUGAGAACGCCAUAAGAAAUCAACACAUUCAGCUGUUUAGCCACGAAGAUUUUAUAAAUAAGGAUAAGUGCGGAAAAGGUGGAUUAGGUCAAAUAAAAUGUGCUAAUUGGCAAUAUUCAGAUGGAAAAGUAGCAUUAAAGGAAUUAUUUGAUUACAACGUUCAAAGAUUCGUACAAGAGGUGAAAAUGCAUAUCUCAUGUCAUUGGAGCGAAUAUGUUGUACGUUUCUUUGGAUUGACAAAAGAAUCCCCAAACGAUAAUAAGUACAUGAUGGUUAUGGAAUAUGCCAACUUUCAAAGUCUUCGAAAUUUUUUAAAAGUUAAAGGAGUAACAAACAUUGAUUGGAAGGUCAGAUUUAAACUUUCGCUUGACAUAGCCAAAGGACUUAAUUGCUUACACUCGCGUAAAAUCAUUCAUCGUGAUUUGCAUACUGAUAAUAUAGUAAUAAAUCAAAUAUAUUGGAAUAAAAACUGUUGUCAACCGAAAUUUAUAGCAAAAAUCACAGAUUUUGGGGAAGCAAUAUUAAGGGAUGAAAUAUUGAGUGAUGAAAAAGGUUUUGGUCAGCCUGAAUUCACAGAUCCCAAUUAUUUGAAUAGUAGGAUAAAAAGAGAUGAGAGAUCGGACAUUUAUGGUUUGGGAGUUAUUUUUUGGGAAAUUUCAUCUGGUAAAAUGCCAUUUGAAAAUCAUGCUCGACACUCUCAAAACGAUAUAAUAAAUUUAACAAUUCAGAUAAUAAAUGGAAAACGUGAGGAAGUACCUCAACAAACUCCAAAACUUUAUUCCCAACUCUAUCAAGAUUGUUGGGUCCUUGAUCAAAGUAAACGACCGACACUUGAAAAUAUUAUCAGGGUAUUAAAUGUUUUCAAAACGGAAUAUAGAGAAGUAGAUGCCAGUACUGAUGAAGAAAAUAACAAUGCUCAACAAGAUAAUGUAUCAAAUAACAGUAGUGAAAUGGAAGCUGAUAAUGAAACUUAUGUAACGGAUAAUAAUCUUCAUGACUUGGAUGUGAAGAAUUUCUUAACUAGGAAUUGA